AGACCGGCGUGGCCCAGAGCAACUCCUACAUCUGGAUGGAGAGAGCGCACCGCCGGCCCGGCCUGUCCCCGGGUCAGAUCUACUCGUACCCCGCCCGCUGCUGGCGCAAGAAGCGGCGCCUGAACAUCCUGGAGGCCCCGCGGCUGCGGCCCUACUGCGAGGCGCCGCUGCGCAAGGAGGGGGCGCUGCCCGAGGGGCCGGUGCUGGAGGCGCUGCUGUGCGCAGAGACCCCCGAGAGCCGCGACGAGGAGGGGGCGCCCGAGCCCGCGAAGCCGCCCCCGGCCGAGUUCCCGCACGAGCCCGACGGGGACGAGCUGGACGAUGACCCGCCCCGGCGCAAGCACCGCGCCAAGGGCAAGGCGUACGGGCUGGUGAUGAAGAGGAGGGUGGACGCGGUGCUGGAGGAGAGGGACAAACCCUACGUGUGCGACAUCUGCGGGAAGCGCUACAAGAACCGCCCGGGGCUCAGCUACCACUACACCCACACCCACCUGGCCGAGGAGGAGGGCGAGGAGCCGGGGGGGGGGCGCGGGGCCGCCCCGCAGGAACCACCACAAGCAGUUUUACAAAGAGUUAAACUGGGCCCCCGAAAACCAGCGCAGGAACACAGGUACCCCAAAAUCACCCAAGUGGAGGAGCUCCGCCGGGCCGUGCUGGCCGCGGGCUCGCGCGCUCGGGACGCGCAGGGGGCGCGGGCCCGGCUGGCGCAGGAGCAGCGGCGGCUCCGGGAGCGGCUGCGCACCGGGACCCCCGGGAGCACCGGGAGCACCGGGACCACCGGGACCCCCGGGAGCACCGGGAGCACCGGGAGCACCGGGAGCGGCCCCGAGCCCGCCCUGCGCGCCCGCUGCGAGCACCUGCAGGAGCUGCUGCGGAGAGAGGCGGGGGCGCGGGUGGCGCUGUCGCGCUCGGCCCGUGUCACCGCGCGUCGCCUGCGGCUGCUGGCGGCCGAGGCCGAGGAGCAGCGGCUGCGGGGGGAGCGCUACCGGCUGCAGGCCCGCGCCGCCGAGGCCGCUGGCCGUCUGGUGGCCGAGCAGGUGGCCGCGGUGGCCGCGGGCACGGCCCGGGCGCGGGCCCAGGGCCACCUCCUGCGCCGCCAGCUCGAGGACGUCGGGGACGGCGCCGCGGCCACCGCGCGGCACGUGGCCGUGCUGCGGGCCCGCCUCAGGUGUGACCCCAUGAGCCUGUCCCGCACGGUGCGGCGGAUGCUGCGGGGCGGCGACAGCGACAGCGACAGCGACAGCGACAGCGACAGCGACAGCGACAGCGGCCCCGCCCCCAGCGCUGCGGGCACCCCCUGAACCCCCCGACCCCAAAUCCCGCCCCGAACCCCAACCCCAA